AUGCUGUCCAACAGUCCCACAUCCGCCUCACUCGAUGCCGAGGACACGCUUGUCGAGGUCUUCCGGGACGAUUUCAACCAAGACCAAGUGAGUCUAAACUGGACGGUCAUCGAUAAUGCACUGCCGUCAUUUCUCUCGCCUCCCGCCGAUCGUCAGAAUAUUAAUUUGAAGGACCGCACAAAGCGCCCGGUUCUUUUGUCUGCCAUCCUCGGGAUGGAUAUUCCAGCUGCCGUCGUAUUGGCUGCAUUGGUGGUUGGAUACGGGAUGCAUCGCCGCAGUCGGCACAGUAUACAGCGUGGUAAUAUGCUGCAUGGCGAUCCGAAGCUUAUUCGCUUUGCUUAUCAAAUUAGCCGUGGAAUGGAGUUUCUCCAUAGUCGCGGCGUUCUCCACCGCGAUCUAGCGGCGAGCAAUGUGCUGCUGUUCGACGCCAACGUGGUGAAAAUCUCUCAUUUCGGAAUGGCCCAUCAAGGACCGCAGCACACUCUCUGUGAUUUGCAGGAGCUGUUGCCGGUGCGGUGGAUGCCCCCGGAAGCCAUCGAAAGCCAGGUUCUCUCGCAGCAGUCGGAUGUGUGGACCUUUGGUGUAGUAUUAUGGGAAAUGUUUACCAUGGGUGCCACACCUUAUGCCGACGCUAACUCCAUCCGGAGACACUCCGUUGGCAAGUUCCUGACAAGUCUGAAAAACGGUUUUCGGUUGGAGAAACCAGUGGACUGUCCAGAUUUUGUGUACGUGUGA